AUGGAUCCAGUCACUGGCGUCGGUCUCGUUGCCUCCAUUGCACAGCUCAUUCAAUUCGGCAUUGCGACCGCAAAGGCCUGUCACGAAAUCUACGAGAAAGGCUCGACGAGCGAGAACAUCAAUAUUGAUGAGACGACCAUCCAUCUGAGCAACCUCUCGAGCUCUUUACAGCGCUCAAUAAAAGAGUUAGGAGCUGGGAAGACAGUGUCGUCACUCUCUGAGGAGGAGAAAGAACUCUUAAACCUCGGGCAGAAAUGCGAAGAGACUGCAAAAAAGCUACAUGACGAAGUAAAUAAGUUGAAGGCACGCCCGUCGGGCUCAAAACGGGAGGCUGCUGGCAUAUUCGCUCGCUCUAUAUGGAAGAAGGGUAGCAUUUCCAGAUUAAAAGAACGCCUGGAAAGUUACAGAAGGCUACUGGAAACCUCACUGCUUUUCAAGCUCAGUCAGCGCUUUGAUACUGCGACCUUGAAAUAUAGCGACCGCUUCGCAAACCUCGACAAAGGUCUACAAGGAAUCGUUAUGUGUCUUGCCAACUCGCAGAGCUCACUUACUACCCUUGUAGAGCGAAGUUCAGAGCAGACACAGGAGCAGAUUGUGAAAGAGCUUGCCCGCUCGAGACAAUCUCAACAAAAUGAACGCUUCUAUGAAGACAUCAAGAGCAGCUUAUUCUACCCCGCAAUUUUCUCGCGGCAAGAACAGGUGGCAUACGAAUUCGAUGGAAUUGAAGAUAGUUACGCAUGGAUCUUUCAUGACUCAAACGAUGCUGCAGAUCAAGCGCAACAAACGUCGGAGGAGAUCACAGGCAACCCACGCUGGGACAACUUUUCAGACUGGCUAAAGACUGGACACUCUGUUUAUUGGAUCAACGGCAAAGCUGGCUCGGGAAAGUCGACCUUGAUGAAUUACAUCCAUGAAAAUCAAGGCAAGGACAUUUUGCUCAAGCAGUGGAGUGGUGGAGAACGGCUACUGCUGACUGCAGCGUUCUUUUUCUGGAAUGCAGGUGGCAGCCUUGAAAAGACUGUGAACGGUCUCCUGCGAUCCUUGAUAUACCAGUUGCUUACCCAAUGCCGGCAGCUAGUUGCCUGCUUUGACGCGGAGCAGCCGCUACACACUUGGACGGAAAAACGCUUGAUCAGUACCCUUGUAGCAGUCUUGACACAGACCCAAACACCUAUCGCAGUCUGGAUUCUGAUUGAUGGACUCGACGAACUCGAAGGUGAUUAUAUGAAAAUUCUUGGCUUAAUCAGCAGCCUCUCCGCACGAAGUAACGUGAAAACUUGUCUGUCCAGUAGACCUUUAGCCGUCUAUGAAAAUGCCUUCGCCGGGAUGCCAAGCUUGAGACUGCAAGACUUAACACGCAACAGUAUCCGCGCAUACACUAGCUCACAGCUCACUUUGACUGAGCGGCUUUUCUCCCUCCUGGCACAAAAACCCUCUAGUGGGCAGCAUUUGAUAAAUGAAAUCGUCAGUCGAGCAGACGGGGUAUUUCUAUGGGUUGUCGUUGCAGUCCGGAGUAUCCGGGAAGGGCUUCAGCAUUUUGUUGACUUCGAUGAGCUUGAGAAGGAGAUAUACAGCCUUCCUAUCGGUGUUGAAAAUUUGUAUAUGCAAAUGCUUAUCCGAAUCAAGCCAAUGUAUCGGCGGGAUGCAGCCAGAUACCUGCAGAUUGCGUUGUACGAAUCAGAAAACAGGGAAGCGAAUGAUUGCGCCCUAGACCUCUGGAGGUUGCAUCUGAUUGACCAACAACAAGUCAACGGUGAUAUGCCCUUAAAUGUGAAGAAAUCAGAUGACAGCAGCUUAAUUGAAGCCUGCCGUCAAUUGACAACACGGGUGCUCUCGCAUACACUAGGGCUUCUAGAAGUGAUCACUGUGCAAGAUGCAGAAACGAGUCCUUUGUUAAAGACUCAUCACAAUCCCGUGCUUGGGAACCAAAUCAAAAUCCACCAUAGGACUGUGAAAGACUUCCUAGCAAACAAUCAAGCGGCAAAAGCCUUCUUACAAAGCGCAGGCCCAACGGAGAUUUGUGUGCGUCUUUCAAUUGCCAGAGGGACAUUGUCAUAUUUAAUUGAUCUUUCAAGAGGCGCAUUUGAGAUUCGCAAAUUCCAAUCUCACCUCGCUCACUAUAACUAUCUUGAGGGAGCUCUGGCUCAAAUCUCAUCUGUUGAAAAGAUAAAUGGUACUGCUCAGCUCAAGCUCAUGGAAUCACUUUCGACAUACUCAUGCAUACCAAAGAUCAUACUUCCAAAGGGCGAUCUGAAAGCAGAUCGUAGACUCGAUGCGGACGCGUACAUGAUCCACGGACCCGUUGAAGAUGCCUACGACAUUGUAGGCAUGGCAGCCGCUCAAAACAUGUCUUUAUUCAUAUGCGAAGUCCUUGAUCUGCCGGUCACUAGAUUACGCAGCCAACCAAAACCGCUCCCAGACUGUCGACAAUGCUGUUCUCAUUUGGGUGAAGAAGCUCCUGGCUUUGCGUUGGAUAUUACCUGGGUAAGUACUCCGCAAUAUGGGCAGGCUUUCUCCCGCUAUCGCCAUCAUUUGGAUCAACACUUUCGCCCUCAGGGGGCUCAACAGACGCCCACAGGCAGACCUUACGACCUUGUAUCGACUUACCUGCUUGCCUGUUGUAAGUCUAGCUUUACUCGUAAAAUUCAGGACAACUUCGCCUUAGUAAGAAUGCUUCUAAAUGAAGGUGCAAAUCCUAUGGCGCCUAUCCUGUCGGUCUCAUCAUAUGCCCCUAACCACUAUCACGGGUCCUUCUGGCACAUGUGGGUGGAGUGUUUACGAAAUCAGGUGCAGCAUUUCAAAAACGAUGCUGAUUUCACUGUCUUCGGUCCGAGUGUCGCACUUGAUGACGUUUUUGACGUUACAAAAGCUUUACUAGCUCAAGGCGCGCAAGUCAACGCACCGACUGAGAGAGAUCAAUUUUACAGAAGCCCUGACAUCGACGGCCAUUCUGGAUUCUAUUACGAGAUCAAAUGCGAAAUCUCCAUUUCGGCCAUGUGGCUGCUUCAAGAGUGCUUCAGCGAUAAAGUCGAGUUCCAUGAUUUUGCAGCGAAUGUUGAACUGGUGUACAAGAGACCGUGGAGAAAGCUCACGUAUUUUCAAUACGCCCGAGCAACCAAUGAGAAUUCACUCAUACAUAUUCAUUCUAAGGAGCGUUAUUAUACAAACGAAGAAGAAAGUGAGUUCCUUUUGCAAUUCUUAGAUGCCGCUUAUCGUUCGCCAAAUGAUCAAGAAGCGGAAUCGGCGGCCGUGGCGGCUUGCAGGCAAAUUUGGUUGGCCUCUAGGCCAGAAGUUGAUGUUGACAAUUAA